GUAGGGACCCAAAGAGGACCAGGAGUCUGAGUCAGAACUAACUGUGACUCAGCUGAAGGCAUUGCGUAAGCAGCAGCAAGCAAAAUUAGAAAAGACAAUGUUGGGAGAGGACUCUGAUGAGGAAGAUGAAAAAGAGGAAAGAACUGAGAGGAGUCAGAACAGCGAUAUGAGCUGCUCGUGGGGAAUGGGGGAGGAUGCUGAGGAGGAUGAGGUUGAAGAAAACCCUAUUGCUAUUGAUUUUCAGGAUAUACAAGAUGCCUUCUAUAUGAAAGAUCCUAGGAAGGCCUUACAAGGCUUUUUUGACAGAGAAGGAGAAGAGCUAGAAUAUGAAUAUGAUGAUCGUGGGCACAAUAGCUGGCUAUGCAGGAUCAAGUUGCCUGUAGAUGAUGCAUCAGGGAAGCAGCUGGUAGCAGAGGUUCUCCAUUCAGGAAAGAAGAAGGAAGCAAUGAUACAGUGUGCGCUGGAAGCUUGCAGGCUACUCGAUGCUCGGGGAGUACUGAGGCAAGAAGCAGUAUCCCGAAAAAGGAAAUCAAAGAACUGGGAAGAUGAGGAUUUUUAUGACAGUGAUGAUGACACUUUCCUUGAUCGAACUGGUGCUGUAGAAAAGAAACGACUGAACAGAAUGAAAAAAGCUGGUAAAAUAGAAGAAAAACCAGAGACUUAUGACUCCCUGGUCACAAAGCUAAAUGAAGCUGAAAAUGAGCUUUCUGAGAUAACAGAGAAGCUGAAGGCUUCAGGGAAAGUCCAGUCCCAGCCAGCAGCUCAAGAUUCGUUGGAUGAAUUCAUGACUGAAAUAAAAUCAGGAUGCACCUUAGACAGUGUGGCACGAAAGAAGCUUCACUUGCGGACGUUUGAACUGAAGAAAGAGCAACAGAGACUGAAAGGGUUAAUAAAGCUUGUCAAGCCUGCAGAACUGCCUGAGCUGAAGCCCCAGAGUGGGAGUUACAGUCUGGAAGCAGAGAGCAAGCCUAAAAAGAUUACCCUGCCUCUCUUUGGUGCAAUGAAAGGGGGGAGCAAAUUCAAGCUGAAAACUGGAAGCCUGGGGAAGUUGCCUGUUAAGCGUCCAGAUGUCCCUGAAAGCUUGUUAAAAAUGAAAGAUGAUGGACCGGAGGAGGAGGAGGAAGAAGAAGAAACUGAGGAGGAGCAAGAAGUAGAUGCAGUAAACAGCAAAGCAUCAAACCUGGAAAUGAAAAUGACAACAGAGGAAGAAACAAGGAAAGAAACUAAUGGUCCGGAUGAGUCUCCUUGCAAUAACAAGAAUCUAGAAUCCCUUCAGGAUGGGGCUCGUUUUCUGCCUGAGCCAAAGAUACUAAGGAGUAAAUCUCAGAUGGGACCCUCACAAGAGAAAUCUCAAGCAGCUGAGGAAGUACAUAAGGAACCUGAAAAGACAUCUGAGAAAGUUAAGAAAAUCAAUAGCUCAAGCAAGGUCCAACAACCUUUUUUUUCCUCACAGUACCCAGAUGAUGACCCAGACUACUGCAUAUGGAUUCCUCCUGCGGGUCAAAGUGGUGAUGGCAAGACACAUCUUAAUGAAAAAUAUGGCUACUAAGCUUCAAGCUCCCCAGAUUGCUGGAAUACUUGGUAUGGAGUGGACUGGCAAUGGUGAGCAUACACUGUUAUAGAGGUGUAGAAACGCCAAAGAACUGAAGAGGCUGGCACUGCUUAUCUUGAAUCAGAGGGCAACAGAAGAAACAAUGGAAGCAUAUCCUGGAAAAGCUUGUAAUGAAGCCUGUUCUUUUCCUGUCACAACAGAAGAGCAAAGCGCCAUCUUAAUGCAAUUUAAGGCAUGCCUGCUCUUAAUUUAUCAUGGAUAUAGUUUUGAAUGUAUAGUUAGGCUAUGAAAUUCUUCGCCGUCAAAGGUUGUUAGAGCUACAAAUAAAGUGAGGUUCAAAGAGCGAACAGACAUCUUUAUAAAAAGAGGAAGGAUCUUUAUUGGAAAGACCUAGCUCUCUUCCCCAUACCCCAGGGUACAGCAGUGCAGGAAGCCUCUUUCUGCUUCAGCAAUGGCAGGCUCCUCCCAGCAUGAGGCUAGGCCCCACCUCUUCCCAUACUGCCCUGUGAUUGGCUGCUUAAGGUUGACUUCUGAGACUGUCCUACUCAUGUGAUCUCAGAACACCCUCUGAUUGGCUGCCUGUUCCCUUUGGACCAGGAAGUGGUCAAGUAUAACAAC